GAAUGCUAACAUAGCUAGCUAGCUUGCUCGUUUUCCUACAGAUCCCGCCUCCUGCACUGCGAUUGGUUGAGCUUGUGUUAGCUUGCUCGUUUUCCUACAGAUCCCGCCUCCUGCACUGCGAUUGGUUGAGCUUGUGUGGCGUCUUAGAUUGUAAUUGGCUAACGGUGUCUUUCCUCAUGUGCUCGGAUUCGCUGAUUGGACGGAGAUCUCCUAGCUACUGGUCUGUGGCGACAGAGUCGAAUAUGUUAGCAUGACGACUAGCACAAAGAACUCGCCGGUGUAUUUUUGAUUUAUCGUCAAAAAUAAAUGUUUUUCUAAAUAAUUUAAUGCAGUAAAGUUGACACAUUUAACAAGUAACAAAAAUAUUUUUGCGAAUUCUGCUGUGAAGUGCAAACGGAAAUGGAAGCGAGCCGAGAAGUCACGCAUCAGACAUGAGAGCGACAGAUACUCUUCCUGUAACCGAAAGCAAACCUUCAAACCUCACGUCACAUCCUGUAACACUGCCAUGUCGUCGACCCAUGAGGCGUCGAUCGAGUCCUGAUCUCACUCUGCGAGGGGCUUUUCCGGCCCACUCAUGCCCGUGAUCCCCAUCCCGAGGCGGGCGCGCUCCUUCCACGGCCCCCACAGCACGUGCAUGCACUCCGCCUGCGUCCCGGCGCGCACCUCCCAGCUGCUGCGCACCAACUACAGCAACUUCGACCUGUACCUGAAGUCGCGUUGGACCUACGGCUUCGUGCGAUUUCUCCUGUACUUCGGCUGCAGCCUGUUCACGUCGCUCCUGUGGAUGGCGCUCGCAACGCUGCUGUGCCUUGAGUAUGUGUGCGUGCGCAUCGUCCUGCGCCUCCAGUACAAACUCUCGGUCAUCCUGCUGCUCCUGGGACAUCGCAGGCUGGACUUCGGCAUCCUCAACGAGAUCUUCAUCUACAGCAUGCACAUCACCAUGUUCCUGGUGGGAGGACUCGGGUGGUGCUUCAUGGUCUUUGUGGAUAUGUAGUCUGUAGAUGGAUUGGGAAAAAAAUGUGAAAAGUAGCAUUUAUGUGACGUCCAUCGCACGCCGAAUGUAGUCGAUCAGCCAAGAUGUGUUUGAGAUCCGAAGUUCACGGCUUUAGUUUUGAUCUAUAGCUCUGAGGCUCAUGCAGGAAACUCAGUGUAUACAAAUCUUCAAAAUUUGCUUCAGAUCAUCUCAUCUCAUUAUCUCUAGCCGCUUUAUCCUUCUACAGGGUCGCAGGCAAGCUGGAGCCUAUCCCAGCUGACUACGGGCGAAAGGCGGGGUACACCCUGGACAAGUCGCCAGGUCAUCACAGGGCUGCACAUAGACACAGACAACCAUUCACACUCACAUUCACACCUACACUCAAUUUAGAGUCACCAGUUAACCUAACCUGCAUGUCUUUGGACUGUGGGGGAAACCGGAGCACCCAGAGGAAACCCACGCGGACACGGGGAGAACAUGCAAACUCCACACAGAAAGGCCCUCGCCGGCCCCGGGGCUCGAACCCAGGACCUUCUUGCUGUGAGGCGACAGCGCUAACCACUACACCACCGUGCCGCCCUGCUUCAGAUCAUAUUCCGUAUAAACUGUGGGUGUGACUCGCACUCUUUCAGAUUAUAUUACGAUACGGAAAUCAAGCAAUAAUUCAAAACUCUUCAAUUCGAUUCACUACUGAUUCGAUUCACUUUAGCACUGAUUCACACCUGAUUCAGAUUUAAUUCCAGUUUGAUUCAGUUGAGUUAAAUUUGCAUUUUCCAUCACAGGAAAGUCUCUUUCUCACACGCAUGCAACGAUUUUCAAAAGCUGUGUAGCCGUUUUACUUUUUAGUUUGCAUCUUCAUUCGUAACAUCGCCACCGUUUCUUAGACUGUUGCACAGAUUUUUUUUUUCCGAUUCGAAUAAUUUUUUCUUGAAAGUGUUCACACUUUAUUUUUUUAAUGUUUUACCCACAUUCCUUCCAGGUUUUUGAUUCUUUUUCACCUUCAAGGGGCGGCGCUAAGAGGCAUAUCGUUCUCAAGGAAAGAUUAUUUACAAGAUGGCCGCCUUAAUAACAUUCAGCGUUCAGCUACACAAUGAAGUUUGUUUUGUGUUUAAAGAUGACAGGAAGUCAGUGUGUGUGUACGCGCGCAUCACUGAAAUAGACUUCCAUUGUUCCCUGAGUUCUCCACAUUCGCCUUGUGGCUCCACUGAAGAGAUGAACCUCACACACAUCUUGGCUGAUCAAAUACUUUUGACAUAAAAUGGAAGAUCGUGUCAAUUUUUUUUACUAAUUUAUUCCUUUAAAUACGUUAAACACAACAUUAACUCGUACUAAUGUGCCAGCUGUUUACUGCAUGACCAACUCCGGACUUUUUCACACUUUUCUGACUGAAUUUGUGGGGGAAAAAAUCGCCAACUCUUUCGCAUUCCAGACGUCAUUUCAGCGAGCUCUGUUGUUGAAGUCGUGUUAAAGGUGCCGUCAGUCGGUGUGAUUUCAUGGUUAAACUCAAAGCAGAAACUGUAGCUUUAAAGGAGAAGUUCAGAAAGUUCGGGGAAAUCAAAUCAAGGAUGAAAAAGCGAAAAAUAAACGACAGUUGUGUCGCAUAAAAUCGUUCUUUGGUACACUGCAAAAAAUGAAAUCUUGUUAUUAUGAUAAUAAUAAUAAUAAUAAUAAUAAUAAUGGUUUAAUAUCAGAGUUUCCACAAAUAUGGCUCUUCACCUGAUAUAAAAGCUAAAUAUACAUACUCUACUAAUGUUAAAAAUCCUAAAUACUAAUUGUUAAACUCAUCUCAUUCUCAUCUCAUUAUCUCUAGCCGCUUUAUCCUGUUCUACAGGGUCGCAGGCGAGCUGGAGCCUAUCUUAUAAUACUAAAUAUAAAAGAGAGCCUUCCUAGCCUGAGAUACCAAACAGAAAAACCCACUUACGGUAUAACACUAAAUAUUAGAGAUAUAUGAAAAAUAAGUCAAAUUUGACAUUUAAAGAGAAAAUAUCUUUAACAUGGGUGAAUUUAUCAAAUAUUUAU